GCGUAGUUCAAAUCGGCAGUGUAGUGUGCCUCCAGCCAACAUGUGGACGUGCGCAGGAGUUCUGGCGCUACUUGCGAGCGCGGCGGCGAUCACGCGCGACCAGUUUUACCCGUACGGACAUGGAUUGGACCAGAGAUUGCCCCGGGGCGAUCAGGUGGCCUCCCCGGAAUUGCCCCUGAAUGUACCCGUCGUGUUCUACGGGGAAACGUACGAGUCUGUCUUUGUAAACAACUUCGGCGUCCUAUCAUUCAGAGCUGACAUCCCUCAGUUCCUCAACUCGGAGUUCCCGCUGCCAUACCCGUCAAUAGCAGCGUUCUACACCAACGUUGACACCACCGAGUCUGGUGCCGUCUACUACAGAGAGACCAACGAGACCUACGUCCUCGUCAAGGCCGAAGAGAGCGUCCAGAACAACUUCCACGAUUACUUCGACUUCAAACCGAGCAGCGUCUUCAUAGCCACUUGGGUCGACGUUACUUACAGCUCCCCCCAAAAACACAACCGCAAGAACACCUUCCAAAUCGCCAUCAUCAGCAAUGGGACAGAGAGCUUCGUUGAAUUACUGUAUCCUGAAAGGGAGAUACAGUGGAUACAAAGGGACACGCAAAUAUCAAGCCUUCCUGAUGCGAAGGCACAGGCUGGUUUCAAUGCUGAAGAUGGAAGAGUAUUUACUCUAAGAGGCUCUGGCAGUCAUCAAAUCCGGAAUAUAGUGACAUGGUCGAACAUCCACGAGCCUGGAAAAUACGUGUUCCGUGUGGGGAACAUACCGUACGAGGGCAACAUCGCAGUGCCCGACCAGUACAACCAGAACGAGGUGGAAGUGGAAGAGGAGUCGAAGACCUGCGCGCAGACCGGGCCCAGCGUGUGCCACGUGCAGGCGCGCUGCGUCGACUACCAGGCCGGCAUCUGCUGCAAGUGUAUCGAAGGCUUCUACGGAAACGGCAAGUCCUGCAUAAAAAACGACGUGCCUCUCAGGGUACACGGCAAAAUUAACGGCAUCAUCAACACCGUACACCUAAACGACGUCGACAUACAAGCUUACGUCGUCGUAUCAGACGGAAGAUCAUACACGGCACUCUCCCUGGCUCCUCCUAAUCUCGGCAGCAGUCUGCAGUUGCUCAAUGUCCUCGGUGGCGUCAUAGGCUGGCUUUUCGCCAAACCUUCAGGCACAGCUAAAAACGGCUAUGAACUGACCGGAUCACUAUUUAAUCAUACCGCUGAUAUAUUCUUCCCUGCCACGGGAGACAGAGUUGUGAUAAACCAAGAGUUUUUGGGGCACGAUGUAUUCGAUCAAAUUGCAUUAGACUCUGACAUUCGGGGUACAGUGCCAUUUUUAGUGACUGGAACAAAACUUGAAAUAUCAGAAUUCCAAGAAACCUUAUCUUUUGUAGAGGCAGGUGUUAUCCGGUCAGAAUCCACACGUACGUUUGUCAAUAAGGCCACUGGCGAGAAAUACGAACAAGUUGUAAGGCAAACAUUCAUGUUUAACCCUUGUCGGUAUGCCCCCAGAUCAGAGGAAGAAGCUGCUCCUGUAACAUUGAAAGUGUCAAAGAACUACUUGGGUUAUGAGACCAAAGAUAACAUCGUAAGAUAUGGAUCUAGUAACAAAGUCGCGCCACUGGGUCAAGAUAACCCCUGUGUAGAGGGGCGCAACACUUGCGGCCCGUAUAGCACGUGUGUUGUUGAAGGUAGUUCUUUUUCGUGCGUGUGCCAAACAGGAUUCACCAGCAUCUACCACAACGACGCGUCCAUUUGCGUAGACAUAGACGAGUGUGCUGCCGGGACACACAACUGUGACAACAAUGCCGAAUGUCUCAACAACGAAGGAGGAUUCGAUUGUAGAUGCAGGCCCGGAUUCGCUGGCAAUGGAAUAAGCUGUCGUAAUUUAAUUGUCGGAUGCAGAAGUGAUACCUGUGACCCUAACGCACAAUGUAUAGAAUCAAAUACUAAUACUGAACCGAAUUGUAUUUGUAAUCCUGGUUUUACGGGCAAUGGGAAACAAUGCGUGGAAGACUAUUCUAGGGAAAAUGAUAAAUAUAAAAGAUGCUCAGAGUGUUCUCCUUAUGCUUCUUGCAUGUAUUCAGAUCAGCAAGCUAGAUAUGUGUGUGAAUGUCUACAGGGAUUCGUAGGUGAUGGAUAUCAGUGUGUGCAGGGAACGCCAGCAACAGAGAGACAAAGCACUGAUGUUGCUUCGGACUUUUAUAAACAGCCGGGUUCUUACCCACCAUACUACUCAAAUACUCCUUCUACUUACGUCCCACCCGUAUCAUCGACCCCGUACUACCCACCAGUCACCUCCACUGAGAGUACCACAAGCGAAGCAGAGUACAAUGAGACAUACGUAUUGCCACAAUGCGACGACGCAUACGGUUGUGUUUGCCCUCCUGGAUACUCAAGCUAUAGAGAUGAAAGAAAUAACGAUUUGUGCCGUUACGAUGGUUUUGUUUUUGCAGCUCCAGCUCAAGAUAAUAAUGAUACUUUAAUUAGAUGUUACAGCGACUCCGAUUGCCCUCCUAAUGCCAUCUGCACGGUCACAGAACCACAACCACAUCUGUAUUAUCAUCGUCAGCAAGGAAACUGCGUUUGUCCAGAAGGUUACGAAGGAGAUGCGUUUGAAUGCAUCGAACGAACAGGGCUCGAAUGCUCCUGUGGCGCUAACGCUCACUGCAUUGACACAGCAGCGGCUGAGGUCAUCUGCGUAUGUGAUUCAGGAUAUCACGGCGACGGUUACGUUUGCCGACCCAACUUCAGUUGUACGAACAACUCAGACUGCGAAUACAAUGCUGAAUGCAGGCUCGACCCUGGCCGCAACGAAUACGUAUGUCAAUGUAUAGAAGGAUACAUAAAGGAUGAAAAUGACGCAUGCAUUUUUGACGGUCAGCUGUGUAACGGAGCAGUUUGCGCCGACCAUGCGUCGUGCCUAUACGAUGAGACUGAGCAGGUCAGCUACUGCCAAUGUGACCCGAACUUUGAAGGGGACGGCAUUUUGCAGUGUGUACCACAAGGACGCACUUGUGACGUGACUCACGACUGCAGCGUCGACGCUUUGUGCCAGCCUUACGAUAACACGUAUCAGUGCAUUUGCAAAGAAGGGUUCACUGGUGAUGGUUACACUUGCAAGCCAGAGGUGAACUGUAGAACGAACCCGUAUAUGUGCGACGCGCACGCGUCUUGUCUGAAACGAAGCGAUGGAUUCGUCUGCGAGUGCAACACCGGGUACAAUGGCAAUGGAAGCUACUGCGAUCUCAAUCCCAGAAGGGCUGGCAACUUCUUAGUGGCCAGUGACGGUGCGUCCGUAUACCGCGUGCCCUUCAGAACGACUCCUUGGGAAUUCGCCACGCCUUUAAACAGUGCCGUUUACCAGAUUGCAGUGGGAAUUGAUGUAGACUGUCUUACAGGAAGAAUUUACUGGGGUGAUGUCGUUGGAAACGGGAUCAAGAGGGCUGCUUAUGACGGAUCUGCGUUUGAACAAUUCCUAUCAAAUGAUGUAAAAUCACCUGAAGGCUUAGCAGUGGACUGGGCGGGACGAAACGUAUUUUGGACUGAUUCGAAGAAAUUCACAAUCGAAGUAGCCAAUAUCGACACGAAAGUCAGAAAAGUUUUGUUUCAAGGCAACGGAAUUCAGAAUCCUAGGGGUAUCGCAGUUCAUCCACAGAGAGGGAAAAUCUUCUGGUCGGACUGGAACCGCAACGGUCCGAAGAUCGAAUGGGCGAACAUGGACGGCUCACAGCGCGGGGUCUUCCUAGACGAUUCCGACGUCCAGCUGCCCAACUCGCUGGCCAUCGACUGGGCGCGCGACCGCCUGUGCUACGCCGACGCUGGCUUGCACAGCAUCAAGUGCGUCAGCAUCGACACCCAGGAUCGGGAGACCAUCGCUGCUAACUGCUCCCAUCCGUUUGGCCUCGCUAUCAACGGCGAUAGGUUCUACUGGUCGGAUUGGAAAACGCUGAAGAUCGAGUACAUAGACACGGUUUCGAAACAGCAAGGCCAGGUGCCAGUGUCGACGGCUUCCCGCCGGUUAUACGGGGUGACGGUGGCCCCGGACGGUUGUCCGGCACUUAACAACGUGUGCGAGUACCGGAAUGGCAACUGCGGUACCGCGCAGUUAUGUCUGCCGGACGGCCGCGGCGGCCGGACGUGUGUGGACGGCGUUAGCGGAUACUGAGCGUGAACUGAGAGACACGACGAAGCGCAAAGCAGAACUUGACUUUAUAUGGCUCAAGAUAUUGCCACCACAAUUUGAACGUUAUUCAUUCAAAAGUUUGUCACACUAGAUCCGUUAUGUGGUCUGUGGUCAGGUCAAAGUGAACGCAGCCAUAAUCAUAGAACGCGUCCAAUGUGACAAAUAUUUGUCAAAAGGUCAAAAAGCAAUGAAACUUUUUAACAUGCCGUGCACUUUAUAGGAUUAAGAUAAAAUAAUGUUUCUGCUUACAACUGCGUCGUUUUCAUUCAGUUCACGCAACCCUAGUGGGUGUAGGUUAGGUUAAGACUGGGUGCAGUUUGCUGUGUACAGUUCACAUUGGUAAUGGAUCCGAAUAUCUGAGGCAUGUCUGUGUUUAACUUGUUCUGAAUACUGUGAAUAUCCGUUUUUUGGGAAAUGUAUAUAAAUAAUAUUGCCUACAGCACAGCUAGAAUAUAAUUGAAAUAAGUUAAUAUAAGAGUAUUUCUCAAAAAAAAUGUACGUAACGAAACGGUAGUAACGAAAUAGUAAGGCCAUAAGGCUUGUUAUACAUUGGCGAAAUAUUGUGAAUGCUCUUCAUUUAUUCAAUUCGAAAUAUUUGUAAGUAUGCACCCAAAUACGGGGUAAUAUUAAGGGGUUAGAAAUAAAAUAAGGGAGUAAUCAUUCAUACUAUUUUAAUAAAAUUAUUUUUGUUCCAUCAUGUUUAUCCAUUUUGAGUCGUUCUCUGUAAGCUUUUUGCCUUUCGGCAUUGGUUUUUGGCGGCAUUCCUAAAAAAACAAAAGAAGUAAUCACAUAAAAACGUAAUCUAAAUGAUUUAAUAAUUUUUUGCUGGCGGCACUUCUGUAAAGCAGAUAGUAUCCAAUCCUUUUCAACCGACUUCAAAAAAGGAGGAGGUUCUCAAUUCAACCCGUAUGUUUUUUUUUUUUUUCUAUGUUUGUUACGCGAUAACUCCGCCAAUUAUGAACCGAUUUGAACAAAUCUUUUUUCGGCGUAUAGGUAAUACCUCAAGGGUGGUCCCAUUUAAAUUUAAUAAUAGAAAAAACAACCCCCAAGGGUGGAAAAUUGGGGAUGAACUUUUUUAUACGCAAUAUCUCCGCCGAUUAUAAAUCAAUUUGAACGAUUAUUUUUUUGUUGAAUAGGUAUUAUCAAAAGGGUGGUUUAAUGCGAAUUUGAAGAAAAUAUUUCACCCCCAAGGGUGGAAAAUUGGGGAUGAACUUUUUUAUACGCAAUAUUUUUAAUUUUUAGUUUUUUUUUGUGUUCACGCAUUUGAAGUCGGUUUUAUUUUUUUAAAAAGUUAAUUAUGUUAUUAACGCUCUAUAUUUUUUGAAAUAAAUUAAGUAGUGAAUAUUACUAUGCUUAGUCAGGUAAUAACAGUAUACACUCAGCAUUAUGUUGUACUUUUUCGUAACGUAACGAAAUUCGUAAAAAACGUAACGAAAUAUUAGACAAAAUGAGAUCAGAAACAAGUAUUUUUUUGAUAAAAUUUGUUACAGCAAAUAUAAAAGCUUACUAAAUGUUCGUACCACACGUAUUACAAAAAAUGGUUAAAUGAAAACUUACCGUUCUAUAUAAAAUCGCUGAUUUUACUGCCUGUUACGAAAAAGUAAUCCCACAAAACACACACGUUUUCACUAAUUUUCGCGAUAGAUGUUAUGGCGGAGACGUCAGGCCAACAGCCAUUCAGAGUGCAGCUAUUGUUGUCCGUGUAAAAUAAAUACGGAAUUGUUCAGAAACCAUGGGAAAGUAGAAAUAAAUCGUAACUAAAGAGUAAAUAACGAAAUAGUAAAUGAGAGCGACUCAUUUUGUUUUUUUGCUUUAAAUUGCCAAUUCAUUAUGACACCCCAUAGAAAAUCAAUUUGAUACAGAAACUGCGAUUACUGUAGAACGAUAAUACAAAGAAAUUUACAAUAAUUUAGUUACGUAUCGCAUUUUAUGAAACAAAAAUACAUGAAAAAGCUAGGGUGGCAAACAGGUUUUUGUAUGAAAGGUAAAAAAGGACUAUUUUUAAAAUAUCUAAAUAUUUGGUAAUAAGUAGGAUUAUAGCUAUAAUUCUUCGUUAUCUUAAAGAUUAAUAUUCAUCCUUCAAAAUUGUGUGUGUGUUUUUUUUGUGUGAUGAUUUAUAAAUAUAAAACUUUUGACCUGUUUCAAAGCACACUUUUUUUUUUCAAAAUGUACAUUUUUUUUGAGAAAUACACAUAAGUUACUACAACCAAAGCAAAUAUCCAAAGACUCUGUCUUUCAAUCAAUGUAAUUUAUUGAUACCAAAAUAAUAAAGUUAUUUAUUUCUA